CUCUUCUUUUGCCUCCGUGUCCUGAUAGAUUGAGGAUUCAUUUUCUGCAAUCCUUAAUUCACAAUGAACGCCCAUUUUUUCUUAUUUUUUUCAAUUUUGUCGGGAGGCUCCUGCUCUGAGGCAGAACACAGGUUGUUCUCAGUGAUAUUCUCCAGCUACAAUCAGUACAUCCGCCCAGUGGAGAAUGUGUCUGACCCAGUUAUCGUGCAGUUUGAGGUGUCCAUGUCCCAGCUGGUCAAAGUGGAUGAAGUUAACCAGAUUAUGGAGACAAACCUGUGGCUGAGACAUAUUUGGAAUGACUACAAACUGAGGUGGGAUCCCAAAAGCUUUGGAGGAGUGGAGUUCAUUCGAGUGCCUUCUAGCAGGAUAUGGAAGCCAGAUAUCGUGCUGUACAAUAAUGCAGUAGGAGAUUUCCAGGUGGACGAUAAGACCAAGGCCCUGCUUCGCUACAAUGGGGAUGUGACCUGGAUCCCUCCGGCCAUCUUCAAGAGCUCUUGCAAGAUCGACGUCACCUACUUCCCCUUCGACUACCAGAACUGCACCAUGAAGUUUGGCUCCUGGACGUACGACAAGGCCAAGAUAGACCUAGUUCUGAUUGGCUCCACCAUCAACCUCCAUGACUUCUGGGAGAGUGGCGAGUGGACGAUCAUCAACGCCCCGGGUUACAAACACGACAUCAAGUACAACUGCUGUGAGGAGAUCUACACAGACAUCACCUACUCCCUGUACAUCAGACGGCUGCCUCUCUUCUACACCAUCAACAUGAUCAUCCCCUGUCUGCUCAUCUCCUUUCUCACUGUGCUGGUCUUCUACCUGCCUUCUGACUGUGGGGAGAAGAUCACCCUCUGUAUCUCCGUCCUCCUCUCCCUCACUGUGUUCCUCCUGGUCAUCACCGAAACCAUCCCGUCUACUUCGCUGGUCAUCCCCCUCAUCGGGGAGUACCUCCUCUUCACCAUGAUCUUCGUCACCCUCUCCAUUGUCAUCACCGUGUUCGUGCUGAACGUGCACUACCGCACGCCCAAGACCCACACCAUGCCGUGCUGGGUGCGCAGCGUCUUCCUGGGGCUUCUACCCAGGGUCAUGUUCAUGACCCGGCCGGAGAGGGACCCUGAGAGGCUGCCUGAGCCUGGGGGGGUUGUUCAGCAGCUGAUGCCCCCAGCCUCGCGGCCCUGUGUGGUACACACCACAGGAACCCUGCAGGGGCAGCAGAAGCCCCAGGACCUGGUCUCCACCGUGGCUGCCAGUGUGCUCCCAAGCCUGGCCCAGCGACAGCGCCUCUUCAUCAGCACGGAGCUCACCAACCUCAAUAAUCUUAGCCUUGGUGGGGGUGGUGACUCGGUCAAUGCAGGCUCCAGAUUCCUGUGUCGCGAGGGCCGCUGCAACUGCUGCUGGCGCCAGAGGUCCACCAAGCUGCCCACUGAGACGGGAGGAGGGGGUGGCGGGGUGGGGAGCAUCGGGACCCACAGUGGAGGAGGGGCUGCUGGGAUUGGGGGGGUCUGUGGAGGCGGUGGAAGCUCCUGCUCCAGCUCAGAGUCUUUGGAUGGCAGGCUGAUGACCCUGUCCCCUCACUUCUCACCGGAGGUCAGGGAGGCCAUGGAAAGUGUCAAGUACAUCGCCGAAAACAUGAGAAUACAGAACGAAGCCAAGGAGGUCCAGGACGACUGGAAGUAUGUUGCCAUGGUUAUCGACAGGAUAUUCCUGUGGGUGUUCAUCUUGGUGUGUAUCCUGGGGACCGCUGGGCUCUUUAUCCAGCCCCUCCUAUUGUUCGAUAUGUGACCCACUCAUACACACAGCGAUUGCACAGUGACUGAGUGUUUUAAAUCAUACAUAUACAGUCAUGUUGUGUAUCACCCAGUGAUGCGGACCAAAGAAGCUGAGACGAACCAAUGCUGUGAACGGAAGGGAACCAGAUUAUGGAGGAAGGCAAGCUGCUGCCAGCUGUUCCAUGUCACUUCUCUGUAUGUAGAUACAUUUCUGAUUGCUAUAGUGUGGUGUAGUAGUGAUCUCUUAGUUGCUAAGGACUAGACUCUGAAACCAUGGCAACGUGUAACUCUGUACUGCUGCCUACCCAUUCCCUUAUGUUUGCUCUGUGUAAAUGACUUCAUCAUAGUGUCACUUGAUUAUGACUGGCACAAAGAACCACACUAUCAUCAACAAAUGGACCGUGGUUAAAGGAACAUCUAUUGGACCAAAGGAUCCCAAACAUGUACAUAGCAAUGACUGCUUAAAAGGGCUUUGCAGAAGUACACAAGUAUCUCAAGUCAAUUUCACAGCUUAUUGAAUUCAUAUCAUGUUUUCAAAUGUUGAACAUCGCUGAGUCAUUUUGACAUUGUUUAUUUGUGAAAUAUUCAUGUCUUCUAUAAACUUACUGUAUGUUCUUAUGUACAGCUAGCUAUACAGUAUCAUUCAAAUCUGAUUCUAAUGCUCAUUAAGAUUUCAAUGAACCACAGUGUCACAAUAUAAUAAUCACAAACUGGUGAAAAUUAAAUGGCUAUGAUGCAGGAUGGGUAACUUUAUUACACCAUGUGGGUAAAUGUGGAAAAACUCUGAAAGCAACCUGAAAUGCUUUUCAUUGUGCUGUGAGGGGUGACACCAUGUGGUUAUUAUCUGCUACUACAAGUGACCGCAAUAUGAUCCAGUGGUCACUACAUUAUGUCUGCAAUCAAAGACACAAGAUUUUGUGUCUUCAUUUUGCGUUUUUCAUUUGGUUUGGCGAAGCAAUCCACUUGGACAACUUUGAAAACAGCUCUCCAAAGGCUCUUUCAACCGAAACGUCUGCCAUGAUCCAUGGUCAUUGGACGAAGUGACUUCUCAUUGCAUUCCCAAAUCGAUAUUUCUCUCCAUGAAAAUUGUGUUUGGAGGUCCAGCUGGCAGGCAGGAUGUAGAUGUGAUUAUCAGUAGCAACAAGGCCAUAUAGAGGUUGGGUAUAACCCUGUUACAUCCUCCCUGCCUCCCAGCCUGCCUCCCAUCCCUGCCUCUCUAGCUCCCUGCCUGCCUCCCUUCUCUGCCCCGGGCCCCCUUCAGCUUUAUUGGAUCACAAUCAAUAUGGAGACCUGGUGAUGAAAUACAUCAUUAGUCUGGGGCCUGGGCUACGGUCUUCAUCUCACCAUCCUACCGCUAUGCCAAAGAGCAUUUCUCCUGCUUUAACUUGACACUACUUAUACUCUCUGUUAAUAAGGAGGAUGUGGUUGAGAUCUCUUAUUGUGUUGUACCAUCAUUCAAAAAACAGUUUGGUGUACAAGAGGAGGAAAUUCACAGUUAGGAGUUAUACAGUAUAUAUCUAUGGCCUGUGGUAUCUAUGAUAGAGUGAUACAUUUGAAAGAGGAUUUUUGGGGAGCGUUUCAAUCCUACAUUUGGGCGGACAUGGAAUCUCUGGAUGUUGUUUCUGUGGCUGUAUGUUGUAGUCAGUAAACUGUAAUCAGGUUGUCACUGUGAAUCUUAACUGGAUGUUAGCCAGGAAGCACAGUCACAUACUGUAUGUAGUACUCCAUCACUUCUGAUAACAUUCCCCCUGCUGAUUGAUUGAAUUAAAGCUCACUCAGGGCUCAUUUAAGUGAACUAGU